GGGUGGAGUCAAGUUGGAAUUUUGGCGGGUCUGGCUGUGGAAAAGAGAGGGUGCGGCGCUGGCUAGGAUUCUGCAUUGCUGCUGUCUCCUGGACACCUGACCCUUCUUCGAAGUUCACUGUCACCUCUGUUCCCUAGACAGCAUGGAUGCAGAGGAAGAUGAAUUGUCUCUGCUGACCGCACUGCUAGAGGAGAACGAGUCAGCCUUGGAUUGUAAUUCACAGGAGAGCCACAACUUGACCGAGGAUGAUGGUAAACCUGAUGCAUUUGAUGAGCUCUUCGAUGCUGAUGGCGAUGGUGAAUCUUACACAGAGGAGGCUGAUGAUGAUGAAGCGGAAAAGACUCAAGACCAAAAGGAAAAUUUGGCUACUCUCUUUGGAGAUAUGGGGGACUUAUCUGAUGAAGAAGAAACUCCUACAUUGCAUUCAGCUAAAAACAGAGUCCUUCCUGCUCCUGCUCCCAGUCAAGGGAAAACUAAUCAAGAGUUACAAGAUGAAUUAAAGAAGUUGCAAGAGCAAAUGAAGUCCUUACAAGAACAGCUAAAAAUGGCUACAAUUAAACAGCCUAUAAGUCCAGCCCGUCCACAUAAACCCCCUGAUAAGUCUCCUCGUCCCCCUCUUAAGGAAAAGAAAGUUCAGAGAAUUCAGGAGUCAACAUGCUUUUCUGCAGAACUUGAUGUCCCUGCUCUACCAAAACCCAAGCGGGUGGCUCGGACACCGCAAGUUUCCCCUGCAGAACCCAAAAACUCACUUUCAUGGAUGACAAGUACACCCUCCCAACCACUCCAAAUGACUCCUGGGAACAAACCUAGUGGGAUGACUAGAGAUCUGGGUGCAGGGACCCCCAAGAGCUCUGAGAAAACGGCAGAGCCAGUCUCCAUGGAAGCUUUCUCCGGCCUGAGGCUCAGACGGCCUCGAGUGUCUUCCAUGGAAAUGAACAAGAAAAUGACCGGUCGAAAACUGAUCAGGCUGUCUCAGCUCAAGGAAAAGAUGGCAAGCGAGAAGCUAGAAGACAUAGACUGGGUGACAUUUGGGGUUAUAUUGAAGAAAGUCACUCCGCAGAGCUGUAACAGUGGGAAAACAUUUAGCAUCUGGCGACUGAAUGAUCUUCGUGACCUGACACGGUAUGUGUCGUUGUUCUUGUUUGGAGAGGUUCACAAAGAACUCUGGAAGACUGAGCAGGGUACUGUCAUAGGGCUGCUCAAUGCUAACCCCAUGAAGCCCAAGGAUGGUUCAGAGGAGGUGUGCUUAUCAAUUGAUCAUCCUCAAAAGGUCUUAAUUAUGGGUGAAGCUCUUGACCUGGGAACCUGUAAAGCAAAAAAGAAGAAUGGAGAGCCGUGUACACAGACUGUUAAUUUGAAGGACUGUGAGUACUGUCAGUACCACGUCCAGGCCCAGUAUAAGAAGCUCAGUGCCAAGCGAGCUGACCUGCAGUCCACCUUCUCCGGAGGACGCAUUCCAAAGAAGUUUGCCCGCAAAGGCAUCGGCCUGAGAGAACGGCUGUGUCAGGAUGGUUUUUACUAUGGAGGGGUUUCUUCAGCAUCAUAUGCAGCCUCGGUUGCAGCAGCUGGUGCUCCUAAAAAGAAGAUUCAAACCACUCUGACUAAUCUGGUCAUGAAGGGCACAGAUUUGAUCAUUCAGGAGACUCAACAAAAACUCGGAAUAGCCCAAAAGAGCUUGUCUUGCUCUGAGGAAUUCAGGGAAUUAAUGGACUUGCCUACGUUUGGAGCCAGAAACUUGAAACAACAUUUAGCCAAAGCCAAGUCAUCAGGGAUCAUGGGGAGCCCGAAACCUGCUUUCCAGUCUAUCUCAGCAUCAGCUCUCCUGAAGCAACAGAAACAGCAUAUGUUGGAGAUGAGGAAAAAGAAAUCAGAAGAAAUCACGAAACGAUUUUUGCAAAGCUCAAGUGAGGUCUCGAGCCCAGCGAUGCCAUCAUCUUCUGGACAGCCCCCUUCUCAGUCGCCACCAACAGGGGCUGAGUUCCCCGGGCUUCAAGGAACCCCGGGCAUACAGGCGCCCAAGCUGGGGCGAGGCAUCUCAGAAGGAGAUGAUGUUCUCUCUUUUGAUGAAUCACCACCUCCAAAACCAAAGCUGAGUGCUUUAGCAGAAGCCAAAAAGUUAGCUGCUAUAACCAAAUUAAAGGCAAAAGGCCAAAUUCUUUCAAAGACAGACCCAAACAGCAUUAAAAAGAAGCAAAACGACCCCCAGGAUGUCCUGGAAGUGAAGAAACGCGUAGAAAAGAAUACCACUUUGUCUCCUGAAGCUGAGGAUGAAUUGGAGCCUGCCAGGAAAAAAAGGAGAGAACAGCUUGCCUACCUGGAAUCUGAGGAAUUUCAGAAAAUUCUAAAAGCAAAAUCAAAGCACACAGGGAUCCUAAAAGAGGCUGAGGCUGAGCUGCAGGAACUCUAUUUUGAGCCAUUGGUGAAGAAAGAACAAAUGGAAGAAAAGAUGAGAAACAUCAAAGAAGUGAAAUGCCGAGUGGUGACAUGCAAGACGUGUGCCUACACCCACUUCAAGCCUUUGGAGACCUGCAUCAGUGAGCAGCAUGACUACCAUUGGCACGACGCGUUGAAAAGGUUUUUCAAGUGCCCCUGUGGAAGCAGAUGUAUCUCCCUUGACAGGCUACCCAGAAAGCACUGCAGUAACUGUGGCCUCUUCAAGUGGGAACGGGACGGAAUGCUAAAGGAAAAGACGGGUCCAAAGAUAGGAGGAGAAACCCUGUUACCAAGAGGAGAAGAACAUGCCAAAUUUCUGAAUAGCCUUAAAUAGCCGCAACUUACCAAGAUACGCACAACCUACACUGCUUCUUGUGGUUCUGGAAAGCCGGGAUUGGUUCUGUGUAGCCCGUAUUCCUGAUGGGCACAGUCAAACAAAUGCUUGUUAAGCCUACAAGCUUUGCUUAUGGACUUCCCUCCACUGUGCUAAUUUGACACCAAAUUUAACAUUGAUCUUUAAGCAGAAAGUCAAUAUGCCAUUGUCUUUACAAUAGUUUUAGUCACACAGAUUUUUUUGCCCCAAAACUGGAAGGUAAAUUGAGAGCUGUGUUUCUGUAUCUCUUGGAUCAUAGGGUGUGUAAUGUUGCUUCUUUAUCUCAAUAAGGUUCUAGUCUAGUGUUUACGUGGUGUCACAGAGACAAAAGAAUUAAUUUAGCUCACCCCAGAAAAAUUGCUUAACCUCUGGGAUUCAAUUUCCUUAUCUGUAAAGUGAGGAAAGGUGUAACAGUGAUCCUGAAAUGUGUCUUUUAGCACUCAAAUUCUAUAAACAUGUAACUUUUUUAUCUAGAUCGUUAUGAUCAUUGCUCUUGUUAUAGAUGUGAGUUGGCAGGCAGGCCCUCCAUCCACUGAGCCACACCAGCCAGGGCUGCCCUUCACACAGUUUCGAUGUGUUGGUAUUAUAAGCCAGGUUUCUUUUUUCUGUUGCAUUAUCUGUUUUGUUUGCGGGCGUUGGGUUGUUUUAUUUUCUUUUUAAAAAAUUGAUUAAGUCACCGAACCACUGGCAUUUUAAUUCAUAUCUAUGGUUCUCAGUACCCAUAUAAUAUUGUGGAACUUUGAAUGAAAAUACCUAAAAACCUCAUCAUUUUAAAAUACGGUUUAAAGAAACUGAAACUUUUAACCAAAAUGAAUGCAACAUUUGAGAAGCUAUGAAGCAUGACUGAAAAAACAGAAACAGUCCAUAAAGAAUGGAGUUUGGGAUUUGCACAUACACUUUAUUAUCAACAUCAAGAAUUAUAGUUUAAGCUCCAGGCAAAUGACCAUCAAGUCCCAUUUGGGGUAUUCCUCUUCCUGUGCAACCUGCCUUUCCAAAUACUGUUGGACCCAAGUGAAUGCUGGUGUCACCUAAAGGCUGGGUAAAUUGGUAGGAUUAUUGUACUGGGAGUUAAACUCUGGCUAGAGGUAGAUUAGGUUUCCCCAAGAAGGUGUCAUGGUAAGAACAUCACAAUUAUGGGAGGUGGUUGUGGGAGAUAUUUAGGUGUAUAAGGAGCCAGAAAUAAAAUUCAAGUGCCUUAAAUUUUGUCAAAUUCUUCUCUGUAUGGUAAAAGGUGCUGGUCUGACCCUUGCGUCUCCCCCAAGGUCAUAUUCUAAUAACUAUAUUUUUAGGAAUAUUUUACUUUCCAGGAGAUACUGGGUUUUCAGUUUUUUUAACUAACGAAGAAUAAAGUGUUUAAUACUUAGUAAGAACCAAAAGCACUUGAAACUAUGAUAUUAAUGGCUCACAUAGAGUACAUUAUUUGUCCCAUAGAUUUAAAAUAGCUAUGUAUUUGAAGUAGGUCACGACUGAGCAGCUGCCUAGAAAUUGAACUCCAGGUUGCUCUGAGUAGUGAGAACAUGUUUUUGUUUGAACCAAGAGCAUCCGAGUCCAUAUUCACUUGUAUAUUAUAUGUAAGUAGUGUAAUAUUCUUGUAAAGAUCGAUGGUGAGCUGAAUCUAGAUGCCUUUUUAAAAAGUGACUAUCCCUGGCUGGUGUGGCUCAGUGGAUUGAGUGCCGGCCUUUGAAGGGCAGGG